AUGUUUAUCCGCCCCUCUACUGUUCUCGUUGUCCUCCUCGGCCUGACGGCCCUUGUCAGCGCUGGAGUGCCACUGGCUCGUAGGGGUCCUAGCAUCGAUGAUAUUGAUAAGCGCGAGGCACCCCCUGCUCGUAGGACUUCUACCAUCGAUGACAUUGACAAGCGCGAGGCACCCCCUGCUCGUAGGACUUCUACCAUCGAUGACAUUGACAAGCGCGAGGCACCCCCUGCUCGUAGGACUUCUACCAUCGAUGACAUCGACAAGCGCGAGGCACCCCCUGCUCGUAGGACUUCUACCAUCGAUGACAUUGACAAGCGCGAGGCACCCCCUGCUCGUAGGACUUCUACCAUCGAUGACAUUGACAAGCGCGAGGCACCCCCUGCUCGUAGGACUUCUACCAUCGAUGACAUUGACAAGCGCGAGGCACCCCCUGCUCGUAGGACUUCUACCAUCGAUGACAUCGACAAGCGCGAGGCACCCCCUGCUCGUAGGACUUCUACCAUCGAUGACAUUGACAAGCGCGAGGCACCCCCUGCUCGUAGGACUUCUACCAUCGAUGACAUCGACAAGCGCGAGGCACCCCCUGCUCGUAGGACUUCCACCAUCGAUGACAUUGACAAGCGCGGGCCACCCCCUGCUGCUAGGACUGCUAUCAUCGCUGCUCUCGACUAG